AUGGUGGCGCCAGCUGCUGCAUUUACUGUGCUACUCUUGAGCAUAAUCCACUGGAGCCCCGCCUCGGCCGUGGGUCCCUGGUGUUUUGCCUGCGCCGACGCCUUCCACCCAGCCAUCUGCCUAAACGUGGUGCAAUGUGGUGAGCACGAGUCCUGCAUCACAGAGAAGAGAGUGAGCAACAACGGCGGAGAUCUCUACACCACUGGCUGCAAGGCGACCGCCGACUGCGUGAAGAGGGUGAAGAAGCGAGCAGUAGAUCGAGCGCUGCUGUGUAGCGAAUGCUGCGACGGAACUCUGUGCAACGUAGAGGGAUGUGGAGCGACCAAAAUCCGAGACCCUGGACGAAAGUUUUGCCUAAAUUGUGGGUUUGUUCAGCAUCCGAAAGACUGCGACACGGUAGAGCAUUGCUCUCAAGACCAGCAGUGCUCGAUGUCGUUGCAGAAAAAGUUAGGUUUGAACUUCUACCAGUUGGAUUGCCAGCCCACUACGUCGUGCCCGGCGGCCACAGCUACUCUCGCUUCCAACAACGCAUUCUGUUGUGACGACGAUCUGUGCAACUCCAACGACCUCGGCGUUGACCCCAGCACCUACACGACAACCCCGAAACCUUCCCCCGGGCCCGCUACAGCGAGUUUUGACGACCCAGUCUACACCUACAAUGUGACCCACGUGCCCGGGGAAACCAUGGACCUUGUGUGCCAUGUGAGAGGGGGGCCGGCUCCUACCGUCACCUGGACAUUCUCCAACGACACGACAACCUUUGACAUCAAGACAGGAUUCAAACGUGACGCGAGCGGGGACAGUAUUCUUUCCGUCCCUACUCCAGGCAAAUCCGAUUCCGGCCAGUAUACGUGCACCGCGGAUAACAAGCUAGGUCCUAAAGUUAGUGACUCUCUUAACGUCACGGUUCUUGUACCCCCUUUCAUUCAGGGACCCCUGAACCAGAGCCUCACGAUCGACUUACGGAACGACAUAAAUCUGCCCUGUGACGUAGCUCAGGACAAUUCAACCAAAGUGAGGUGGCAUGUGCCUUCUAAUGUCAAGAGUUACAGAGUGAAUAACGACAGUUCGUUAACCGUUUACAACGUUCAUGAAGAAAAUGAGGGUCCGUAUUCGUGCACUGCAGAGAACAGCGAAGGCAGAACAGAGAAGUUGUAUAUGAUGUACAUUAACGGCACACAGACAGCCACUGUGCCUUCCUGUACAUGCCCAACCACGACCCCAGUCACCUGCCCGCCGCCCUCCGCUCUCGGCUCGCUCACCACAAGCCUGGGUUCAACCUCUUCCAAGACACGCACAGCCCUGCGAGCAACCACAAUGACGACACCAGCGACCACAGUGACGUCACCAACGACCACAGUGACGUCACCAGCGACCACAGUCACGACACCAGCGACCACAGUCACGACACCAGCGACCACAGUCACGACACCAGCGACCACAAUGACUUCCCCACCAACCACCUCCACAUCGACUCGCACAACCCCGUCUACGACCACCCCGCGUAGUACUCCCACCAACACCCACACGCCCACCACAACUGUCGUCACUUCCACAGGAACUCCUGGGAACCCUGUCUACAACCAGUUCCAAGACAUCAAGGCCAACUCCGUCAACAUUUUGCAGUGUCCGGUGUCUCGAGGCACCACCGUCACCUGGCGUCGGAAGAUCGAGGACUAUGACCACAGCUCUACGUACUAUUCCAGCGAUCGCAACGUUCUCACAAUCAACUCCCAGCUCUCUGUGUCUCUGAAAAUGACGGGUGUUUACGAAUGCCUCGAAGGUGGAGUCGUGCGUGGGCAGUUCGUGAUUUACAAUCGGAGUCAGAAUACCACCUGCGCUGAACGAUUUGGAGACCGCUCCACAACCAAAGGUGUGGUUCUCCAAGCGAAAUGCGGAAACUGCGGAAAUAACAAUGGCCUGAACCCGGCCAAACUUCUGACGAUAAAUGACCUUAUUUGUGAGAAUGCUAUUCACAAAGGAGCUAUUUUUCCACUGGGGGGAAACGUCACCUACAUAAUUAAAGACAGAGGCGUGGUGGAGAUACUGCGGCAGAAUGGACAAGCUAUUCUCAUUCCUUAGACUUAGAUGAUGAAUGGACCUCA